ACAAGAUGAUGGUGUACCCAGGGAAUUACAGCGACUUUGCCCAAAGACUAUUAGUUUAAAAGAUUAUUGCAAGGCAAGUAAUAUUGGAACAAAUUCCAUGUUGUUGAAAGUACUUGAAGCCAUUUGUGAUGCUUAUGCCUUUGACAAAGAUUAUAAAGGCAGCACCAUUCCACAAAUUCCGGAAUACAAUUUAGUGUUCGUAGCGAAAUGGAUAGAUUAUUCGAAUAAAUAUGGGUUUGGAUAUCAAUUGACAAAUAACUCGAAUGGAGUUUUAUUCAAUGAUAGCUCGACAUUUAUCAUGAGAAGUAACUGCAGCAAUUUUCAAUAUUUGGACGCCCAUCAGAAAUCCCACACGUUUCAAGUAAAUGAUCUUCCGAAAUCACUAGAACAAAAAUAUUUCUAUUUGAAAUAUUUCAAAGACUACAUGGACGAGAAAUUAUCUGAUGGUGCUGCAGUGCGUAAUGAGAAUGCCCUUUCAUGUAUGGAUAAUUAUGAAAACCCUAUAGUAAAACGAUGGAAUAGAACUGCUACCGAAAUCUUAAUGGAAUUAUCAGAUGGUACUUUCCAGGCGAAUUUCGCCGAGGACCACACAAAGGUCGUGCUGAGUUUUCGUGACUCACUAAUUCCUGUUCCCAAAAAUCACUCUGUUCACGAAUGGGCCAACGGAAUAGUUGUCACAUUUAUAAAUUCCAAUAGAGAAAUGUGUCAUUAUAAGGCGUCCAAUUUGCUGCAUUUUAGACCUGGAAAAUUGCUGAUGACGAGGCUGAAAUAUUUGCGAUGCGCGAUUGUGGAUUUUGCUAAACUAGAUUAAAUUCUUAUGAGGACACAGCUUAUAAGGUCAGACCUUGGUAAUUGACAUAGGAUUUAUAAAAAAACGUCUGGUAAUUGACACACGAUUUGAAAAAAAAGGUCUAUUAUUUGACUUUUUUUUUAAAAAAAGGCUGGUA